GAGGUAGGGGACCCGCAGGAGCUCCGGAGUUCUCUCACUCUGCUUGGGUUUUUUUUUUACUCCAGUUGUUGAGUGUCUGGACCCAGAAUAAGUCCGACCUACUUUGUUUUCUUCGUUAAAAGUGUGUGCACCUUCCGGGGUUUUUCCGUCCUUUGAGGCGUUUCUUUGUAGAAAUCCACCAAAACGGAGCCGAUCGAGGAAGACGGACAACGACCCUCCCUCACUUCAGCAAUCAUGAUGUCCAUGAACAGCAAGCAGCCUUUCAGUAUGCACCCGAUCCUGCACGAACCCAAAUACACGCCUCUGCACUCCAGCUCCGAGGCCAUCCGCAGGGCAUGUCUGCCCACGCCGUCGCUCCAGGGGAACAUCUUCGCGGGUUUCGAUGAGACCCUCCUGCAGAGGGCCGAGGCCCUGGCCGCCGUGGACAUCGUGGCCCAGAAGAGCCACCCGUUCAAACCGGACGCCACCUACCACACCAUGACCACCAUGACCAGCAUGACCUGCACCCCCACCUCGUCCUCCGCGCACCUGCACCACCCGUCGGUCCUCACCUCGCACCACCACCCGGCGCACCACCAGCCGGCGCAGGGCCUGGAGGGGGACCUGCUGGACCACCUCACCCCCGGCGGCAUCUCCCUGGGCGGGAUGCCCGGCUCCGACGUCUGCUCCACGGCCUCUCACACCGCCCACGCCGCCCACAUGUCGGCCAUCAACCACAUGCAGCACCACCACCACCACCCGCAGUCCAUGAACAUGCACCCGCACGGCCUGGGCUCGCACACCUCCCUGGGGGCCGCGGGCGGGGACGCGGAGCCGGAUCCGCGGGAGCUGGAGUCUUUCGCGGAGAGGUUCAAACAAAGGCGGAUCAAACUGGGGGUGACGCAGGCGGACGUGGGCGCCGCCCUGGCCAACCUAAAGAUCCCCGGGGUGGGGUGCCUGAGCCAGAGCACUAUCUGCAGGUUCGAGUCCCUGACCCUGUCGCACAAUAACAUGGUGGCCCUGAAGCCCAUCCUGGAGGCCUGGCUGGAGGAGGCGGAGCGGGCGCAGAGGGAGAAGAUGUCCAAGCCGGAGAUCUUCAACGGCGGCGACAAGAAGAGGAAACGCACGUCGAUCGCGGCCCCGGAGAAGCGCUCCCUGGAGGCCUACUUCGCCGUGCAGCCCAGGCCUUCGUCGGAGAAAAUCGCGGCCAUCGCCGAGAAACUGGACCUGAAAAAGAACGUGGUCCGGGUUUGGUUUUGCAAUCAGAGGCAAAAGCAGAAACGGAUGAAGUUUUCUGCCACGCAUUAAGACCGUUUACAAA